AUGAACCUACCUGGUUUCAGAAAUUUUUUGUGUUACACCUGUAAGGAGUAUGUAGAAGACCUGGCAAAAGUCCCCAAGGCGUUUUUACAAGAAGCAAAUGUGAGGCUUAUAGUUAUUGGACAGUCAUCUUAUCAUCACAUCAAGCCCUUUUGCAGUUUAACUGGGUAUACCCACGAAAUGUAUGUAGAUCCACAAAGGGAAAUUUAUAAAACACUUGGCAUGAAAAGAGGUGAAAGUAAUAACGUAUCAGUGCAGAGCCCUCAUGUGAAAUCAAACACGCUCCUGGGAAGUAUUAGGAGUGUGUGGAGAGCAAUGACUGGCCCGGCUUUUGAUUUUCAAGGAGACCCCGCUCAGCAGGGAGGAGCUUUGAUUUUAGGCCCAGGUAAUGAAGUUCAUUUUUUGCACCUUGAUAAAAACAGGCUGGAUCAUGUUCCCAUUAACACAGUUUUGCAGCUGGCAGGAGUUAAAACAGUAAAUUUCACAAACAAACCCCAGAUUAUUGACAUAUGA